AUUGGAGUGAUCGAGCAGUACUUAAAGUCAAACCACGCUCUCGUGGUUAUCUCGCCGCUCCGCGCGACAGCCAUCUUGGAAGGCUGUCUUUUGCAUUCUUAUUGGAGUUGUGUAUACCCAUCAUGUCGUUCACCUACGUUCACUAUUCUACUCCAUCCUCGUUGCCUUCAGACUAUGCUCUUCUCUCGCGUUAUGCCGCUGAAAACGGAAUAGAAGAAGAACCCAUAACACCAGAAAACAUCGAAGCAGUCGAACCUUCGAUGCAUCCAGACAACGACCUUUUGUCACCUAAUGCUAUACCCAUUCCAGGUUCGCAAAGUCAUUCAAGACGGCGAAGCAGCUUUCCUACUUCCUACGUGACACCUUUCAAUCCUACAACAAGUGCCUUGCCUGACAAGUCCGGCUUUCGUUCGGGUCCUCACCCUCCAUCAGCGAACGAGAAUACUCCUUUACUUGCACCGCUUGUACCUCGAAUUGCGGAAGACGUGGAUAAGAUUGACCCUGAUUCUGAACGUCUUGUGGAUCUCCUUUGGGAGGAGAUACGUAUAUUGGCCAAGUAUACCCUGCCUGUAUUUGGUACCCACCUUCUUGAGUACUCCCUCGUAAUUGCGUCCGUAGUGUCCAUAGGACAUCUAUCGACUACUGCCCUAGCAGCUUCCACUCUUGGUUCCAUGACUGCCAGUGUAACCGGUUUCAGUAUAAUCCAAGGUUUGGCCUCCACUCUAGAUACCAUGCUUCCAAGCGCAUGGACAUCUUCCCAACCUCAGUUGGUCGGUCUUUGGUCACAACGAAUGGCGGUUGUCAUGCUUUUUGCGCUUGUGCCUAUCAUUCUCAUCUGGUUCAGUUCGGAAAGUAUACUUUUAUUCUUGAAGCAGGAGCCCGAAGUUGCCCACCUCGCCGCUAUCUAUCUCAAAUAUUCUGUAAUUGGAUUGCCUGCGUAUGCUUUUAACUCUAUUUCUCGACGAUAUUUCCAGUCACAAGGUUUAUUCACCGUACCGACUCGCGUCAUUCUUUGUGUCGCACCGAUCAAUGCUUUGCUUAACUACGUGCUUGUAUGGGGACCCGAACCAAUUCGUCUGGGCUUCAUCGGAGCACCGAUAGCGACCGCAAUCUCGUUCAACCUUAUCUCGCUCGCGUCGAUAAUCUACGGCGUAUACUUCGUACCUCGCACCUCUUGGCAUCCCUUGAGUAGAAAGUGUUUCACAAGCUUGGGUGUUCUUGUGCAACUAGGUUUGGCUGGAGUUGGCCAAACUGCUUCAGAAUGGUGGUCUUGGGAGCUUGUCGGGCUUGCGGCUAGUUUGCUGGGCCCAGUAGCCCUCGCAGGCCAGUCUGUUCUGCUAGUCUCCGCCUCAAGUACCUUCCAGGCGCCUUUCGCUCUUAGCGUUGCAACGUCUGUUCGCAUUGGUAAUCUUCUCGGUGAAGAGAAUGCAAAAAGAGCCGCAUAUGCCGCCAAGGGGUCAGUGUUGAUGAGUGUUGCUAUUGGUCUUGCUUGGAGUGCCAUGUUCAUGGUGUUCCGUCGUUCGUGGGCGUACAUUUUCAAUGAUGACCCUAGCGUCGUGAAACUGGUCGCUUCCAUUCUGCCCAUUGUCUCGCUCUUCCAGGUCUUCGAUGGGCUUGGUGCUGUGACAGGCGGGAUCUUACGUGCCAUGGGCAAACAGUUCACGGGAGCAUUGUUGAACCUGAGCGCAUACUAUAUCAUUGGUAUUCCGUUCGGUUUAUGGCUAGCAUUCAAGCGGGAUAUGAGUCUUCAUGGUCUUUGGAUAGGCCUAACAGUUUCAUUGGUGUACGCCGCAACGGUUGGAGUGUGGAUAUGCCUAAGCACGGAUUGGGAUAGAGAGGUGCAGAAGGUUAGGGAGCGAUUGGAAUCUGAUAAGCAUGCUGCUAUGAGGCAAGAUAUAGAGGCCAUUAUUUGAUUGUCCUUCUUUUAUUCAGAAAGGUCAUUUCUCGACGAUCUUAAUGACGUAUGAUGUAAUUAGAUUAUUUGUUUUCGUGAUGCUAUCUAAGUUUUCGCUAGAGUUCCAAGUAGCAUAGUGAGGAAACUGAGUACUUCGACGAUUGACAGUUCGACAUG